AUGACGGCGACGCAAAAACAAAGCGUCGGCAACCUCUCGACGAUGAUGCGGGAAAAGAUGAUUAGUCGUUCUGGCUGUCGACGUCGCAACGAAAAGAUGUCAAAGUCGCGAAAAGCGAUGACGACGACGAACGGGACGAUGAAUAUCGAUGAUUUUGACGUGGAAAAAGUGAAAGGUGGAAUCAGAGAAACGAUUGAACGCAUCUCUGGGAAAGUCGCGGAGAUGAGCGGCGUCACGGAGAAGAACUUGACGAUUCCUUCGUCUUCGGUCGAGGACACGUCGAUUUUUGUUCACAAUCAACUCGCCUCCGCGGUAAAAGCUUUGGAAAAUUUUGAACAAUCCCUGGACCCUUUGAUGAUGCAUUCGAUGGAAACAAUCGCAGAGAGGCACCCAGUUUUAGCCGGCGCGUUUGCCGCGUUCGCGUCGGGAUCGUUCUCCGUCGCCGUCGCGCGGUGGGUGUUUAAGCGAGGGGCGUUGGACGAAGACGAUUUGCCGAAAGCGUACGACAGCGAGAAGAUUGCAAAAUAUUGGGCGAGACGGCCGAUUGCGGUGAUGAAACGGUCGGCGGGGUUGUUGACGGAAGUGUUGACGUGGGCGACUGCGUUGGUUGGGGACGUGACGUCGAAUACGGUGGAACAGAACGCGCCUAUUCGGGCGAAAGCGUUGAAAGAGUUGAUCGCGAGGCAAGGCGCGGCGUUCGUCAAGGUUGGCCAAGCGGUGGCGAUUCGACCAGAUUUGUUGCCGCCGGCGUAUUUGGAAGAAUUCCAGACGUUGUUAGAUCAAGUGGAAGCGUUUCCUUCGGAAGAUGCGAGAAAAUUGAUUCAGAAGACGAUUGGCGAAAACGUUCGGUUGGAAGACGUUUUCGAGGAUGUCUCGUGCUUCGAUAAACCCGUCGCCGCGGCGAGCAUUGGGCAAGUGUAUAAAGCGACGCUGAAAAAAGGCGCGUUGAAAAAAUCAGGAGAGGAAACCGAGGAAUACGGACGAACUGUGGCGGUUAAAGUGCAACGACCGGACAUAUUAGAAGCCGUGAGCAUUGAUUUGUUCGUCAUUCGAUCCUUCCUGGACAUUUUCUCCUCAAUCCCGAAAACGGAACAAACUUUUGAUUUAGUCAACGGGUGCGAGGGAUUCAUCCCAGUUCUCGACGUCGCCGCGGAGCGGUUUUUGGAAGAAUUAGAUUACGAAAUUGAAGGACGAAACGCGUCUCGAUUUGAAAAGGAUAUGAACUCAAUCUCCGUCGUUCGAGGCGCGAUUAAAGUCCCGCACGUCUUCCGCGAAAUUAGCGAUAGACAAGUAAUCUGUCAAGAGUGGGUGGUAGGGCAGAAAUUGACGGAAAUUGCAAUGGAUAACUCGGAAAAGUCGUUAGCUGUUCGAAAAAAACUCGUCGAAACUUUGCUCAACUCGUACAUGGUGCAGUUCUUGGAAACCGGUUUUCUCCACGCGGAUCCGCACCCCGGAAACUUCAUGUUGAUGGAAGACGGAAGAUUGGCCAUUCUCGAUUACGGGAUGAUGACAGAAAUCGGCGAAGAACAACGCAUUGCGUUCGUAGAGUACAUAGCGCACUUGUCCGCGAAAGAGUACUCAAAAACGCUCGAUGAUUUGGUAAAUUUAGGCUUCAUCCCGCGAGCGUUGGCGGAUUCCGAGGAGAACAAAAACAUCGUCGUCCCGGUUCUCGCGGAGAUGCUGGAAACUUUAUACGGAUCGGGAGGCGGCGCGACGACGAAAAUCGCGUCAUUACAAGAGCAGCAAAGCUCGAGAGUCGGCGAGUUAUCGAACAAGUUAGAGGCUUUAUCGAAAGAGUACCCGCUGCAGCUGCCCCCGUAUUUCGUUCUGAUUUUGAGAGCGUUCGGGACGCUCGAAGGUUUAGGAUUGAGCACGGAUGAGAACUACGCCAUCGUCGAUCAGUGUUUUCCGUACAUUGCUAGGCGAUUAUUAUCGGACGAUUCACCGAGAAUGAGGAAAGCGUUGAAAUCGUUCAUUUACGGGGGAUCAGACCGAUUACGGGUUUCGAGAGUUCGUUCGAUUUCGUCCGGGUUUUCGCAGUUUACCAAUAGCAUGGGCACCGCGGAAAUGAACGCCUCGAUGACUGGCGCGAACAUCGACCCGGCGACGAAAGACGUCGUCAGACUUUUGUUCAACGAGAAUGGAAACUAUUUGCAAGAAUUAGUCGUAGACGAAGCCGUUCGCGCUGCCGAUUCGUUAUCGAGGCAAUCCGCGACGGCUACGUGGAGAGCGUUGGCGACGUUAUCGCCAGUCAUCGCCGCCUCGUCCUUGUUAUCGGGAGCGAUUUUAAUCCCCGGCUUAAACUUGCCGUUCCUUCUCUCCGUUUUAGCGGCGAAUAAUCAAGAAAAAAUCACGCUCACGAUGGACGAUAAGAGAAAUUUGGCGUUGUUGAGAUCUAUUUUAGAGUUAUUUGGCGUCCCGUCUCUCGGUAAAGCAAUCGAAAGAGCCGCCGAGACGAGACAGUUACCGCAGGCGGAGAUCAACAAUUUAAGAAUGCUCGCGCCGAACGAAAUCGAGGCGUUGAUGAGUUUGAUUCCAGAAGCCGCGCCGGGUAUUCAAAACAUGUCCUCAAAGUUUGCGAGCAAAUUGAGCGCGCGAUUGGCGAGUCGAGCGCAGGAUGAUUUGGGCGGGCUUAACAUACCGGAAGUCGCCGGUUUGUUUGGACAAGUCGUUCGACCGAGAGAUGCAGUGGUGCCAGAUUCGCGAUAG